GCCCUGCACCGAGAUGGCAGAUGCCUCCGCCCAGAAACAGCUGCGUUCGGCCAUAUUGACGCACGUCAUCCGAGGGAACCGCCCCAUCAAGACCGAGAUGGCCCACCAGCUGUACGUGCUCCAGGUCUUGACUCUCAACCUCCGGGAGGAGCGGAUGAUGACAAAAAUGGACCCCAGCGACCAGGCUCAACGGGACGCCCUCUUUGAGCUGCGCAGGAUCGCCUUCGAGGUUGAGGCCGAAAGCGGCGGAGCAGAGAAGCGCAAGGCCAUUUACUCCAGGGACUACAAGACCCUCGGCUUCACGAACCCCGUCAAUCCUGCCCUGGACUUCCUUCAGACCCCCCCAGGCAUGUUGGCCUUGGACAACAUGCUCUACCUGGCCAAACACCAUCAGGACGCCUACACCCGAAUCAUCCUGGAGAACAGCAGCCCGGAGGACAAACAUGCCUGCCCCUUUGGCCGCAGCGCCAUUGAGCUCACCAAGAUGCUGUGCGAGAUCCUGCAGAUUGGAGAACUUCCCAACGAGGGCCGGAACGACUACCACCCCAUGUUCUUCACGCAUGACCAGGCCCUGGAGGAGCUCUUCGUCAUCGGCAUCCAGCUGCUGAACAGGACCUGGAAGGAGAUGCGGGCGACGGCCGAGGAUUUCCACAAGGUGAUGCAGGUGGUGCGGGAGCAGAUCACCCGGGCGCUGCCCGCCAAGCCGCCCUCCCUGGACCAGUUCAAGGGCAGGCUGCGCAACCUGGCCUACUCGGAGGUCCUGCGCUUGCGCCAGUCGGAACGGAUGAGCCAGGACGACAUCCAGUCCCCGCCCAUCGUGGAGCUGCGGGAGAAGAUCCAGCCGGAGAUCCUGGAGCUCAUUAAGCAGCAGCGCCUGAACCGCCUCUGCGAGGGGAGCAGCUUCCGCAAAGUGGGCAACCGGAGGAGGCAAG